AAAAGAAGAUCCUUUCUCGUGCGUCCUGUGUGAGUCCUGUCAGGUUUUGGCGUAUAACCUGUCGAGCACAACCACAGUGCCACACAUUAGCAUCUCUUUCCGCGUUGGCGCCGAAGGAACCGAAGACGUCAAGGCUCUCUUAGGAGCGUGACCGGUCAGCUUUCCUCCGAGCAACAAUUCACGCCGUAAUAGUUUGCGCUCUCUUGCCACAGACAUGACUAGGAAGGCGGUGCUUGUAUCUGUGGCCAUCAUUUUCAUUUACCUCAUUGUUCACUGCGUAUUCUUGCAUUACACCUUCCGGAAUGUGCUCCUCUGCCUCGACAAAUACAGGCUCAACAAAAACACCAACGCCCAAGCAAAGGAAGUCUACAGUAGUAGCGUAACCUUCUACGGCAUUCGAACCGUGCUCAACGUCAUCAAUGUACUUGUCGACGUCAGCGCCCUUACCGCCCUGCUCAUGACGCUGCAAAAUGGUUUCAUAACAUCCAGAAGCGGUUGGAUCCUGGUCCGAUGCUGCUGCGAUGUGCGGGACGCCUUGGCCAUGUACCUGGGUUGCUCCAUCGUGUUGACCAUCGCAUCGGCUCUCUGUCGGACCGUCGAAAUCUACAUUAUGACGUUUACGCCGUACGACACUACCGAGUGCUGUGGGCUCAAGUGGUUUCUGCACCACAGGGGAAGCUUCUACAACCCAGAGUACAGUGCGAAUACAGUGUCGAGGUACGUCGGAUUUGCCAUCAUCAGCUUCCUGAUAACCGGGUUUAAGGCUGUCGUCAUGUUUCGCUUGUUCGAGCUGUACGACGACAUAAGCGAGACGGUCAGGUUGAACACGCUAGCCACCAAGCUUCGAGAUCUGGUUGCCUACGACAAGCCCAGCUGCUACGGAACUCCUGCCCGAUCGAAGGAGGCGACGUCGUUGGCCAUGUAGACGAAUGCUGGCCGGCCGUGACGAGGCGCCUGAUUGCGCGCCGCCCCAUGCUCUACCUGUGAACUAUACCUACCGCGUACGACCGCUUAGCAUUAAAUAUGUGUCCGUCAUACCGAGUGCGUGCCACUUUCACGAUGCCACUUCGGCUAACGGCAACAAUAAACGCGUUACCAUGAACUGAUACUCUUCAAACAAUGACGAGCAAAGUAAAUUUGGUACAAGUUCCAAUAAGUGUCUUGUUUCUUAACAGGAAAUACAUGGGAACGUCUCCGAACCGUAGAGCGCCACCAUUAGACGUUUCUGCUUUA